CACAGGAUAACAGGCUUCCAUACACAUCUAAAUGUACCUCCUUAUAAAGCAGAAGAUAAUCAAUCACAGCUUGUCAAUAAUAGAACUGGACAUAGACUGGGGGAAAUGUCGGCUAGUUCUGAAUGUGGGAAACAUUUAAAAAAUAACUAUUACCUUUCUAUGGACAAGAAAAAUCACAAUGAAAAAAGAUCUUUUACACAUUCAGAAUGUGAGAAAACUUCUAAGAAAGCAUGUCUAUUUGAACAUCAGAGAAUUCACACAGGAGAGAAUCUAUUUCCAUGUCCAGAAUGUGGGAAAUGUUUUAAGAGUAAAUAUUAUCUUGCAAAACAUCUGAAAACUCACAUAGGAGAAAAGCUAAAUUGCUGUUCAGAAUGUGAAAAAACUUUUGCUAAAAAAUCUAAUCUUGUUGAACAUCUCAGAAGCCACACAGGAGAGAAGCCAUUUUCAUGUUUAGAAUGUGAGAAAACUUUUUCUGGGAAAUCAAGUUUUGUAGCACAUCUCAGAAUUCACACAGGAGAGAGGCCAUUUUCAUGUCCUGAAUGUGGGAAAUGUUUUAGUCGAAAAUCAACUCUUUCUAUACAUCAAAAAACCCACACAGGGGAGAAGCCAUUUUCAUGUCCUGAAUGUGGGAUUGGUUUUUAUCAGAAAUUUAAUCUUGAUAGACAUCAGAGAAUUCACACAGGAGAGAAGCCAUUUUCAUGUCCUGAAUGUGGGAAAGGUUUUAGUCGAAAAUCAACUCUUUCUAUACAUCAAAAAACCCACACAGGGGAUAAGCCAUUUUCAUGUCCUGAAUGUGGGAUUGGUUUUUAUCAGAAAUUUAAUCUUGAUGUACAUCAGAGAAUUCACACAGGAGAAAAGCCAUUUUCAUGUUCAGAAUGUGAGAAGUGUUUUACUGAGAAAUCAACUCUUGUUGAACAUCAGAGAAUUCACACAGGAGAGAAGCCAUAUUCAUGUAAAGAAUGUAAGAAGUGUUUCAGUAAAAGAUCAACUCUUGCUGAACAUAAGAGAAUUCACACAGGAGAGAAGCCGUUUACAUGUCCUGAAUGUGGGAUUGGUUUUUAUCGGAAAUCACAUCUUGAUAUACAUCAGAGAAUUCACACAGGAGAGAAGCCAUUUUCAUGUUCAGAAUGUGAGAAGUGUUUUAUUGAGAAAUCAAAUCUUGUUGAACAUCAGAAAAUUCACACAGGAGAGAAGCCACAUUCAUGUACAGUAUGUAAAAAGUGUUUCAGUAAAAGAUCAACUCUUGCUAUACAUCAGAGAACUCACACAGGAGAGAAACCAUUUUCAUGUCCAGAAUGUGGAAAAUGUUUUGCAAGUAAAAAAAAUCUUGUGUAUCAUCUAACAAUUCAUACGAGGAAGAAUCAAUAAGUGUUUAAAGUCUAAGAAAAAAUAGAUCAAUAUCAGAUGGCACAUAUAAGCUCUCAGUAAGGUGAAAAUCUAUUGAAAAGUGCAGACUGUAAAAAAUGGGUCAGUGUAGAGGUUCAUUGUACGACCUUAGGCUACUUUCACACUGCAGAUUUUGCUUUCCGUUUGUGAGAUCUGUUCAGGGCUCCCACAAGCGGUCCAAAACGGAUCAGUUUUGCCCUAAUGCAUUCUGAA